GACAGGUUAACAACUGAACAUUGAUUGUAUAUUAUCACUUGCAAAAUGAUUUUACUCUUAUGAGUGACACGGGGCCAACUCAUCAGAAAUAUCUGCAACAUACUAGUGUCGCCUCUAUUUAAGGAACAAAUGACACCUGUUUGUCGUGGUUGGGUCAGAAGCGCAAUACCUUCCGAAGAUAUGGCCUAGUUAUCAACCUGACCAUUAUCUGAGUUUUCUAUCUUAACUGAUACAAAUACGAACAUGUGCUGCCUAUUAUUUCUAUUCAUAAUCUUUUUGUAUAUUUUAUACAAAAUUUAUGAGUAUCACAAAGGAAAAACAUCUAUUGAUGGCAUUAAUAAUCGCUACGUCCUCAUAACGGGAUGUGAUUCUGGCUUUGGAAAUGCUUUAGCCCGUUUACUGGAUAAGCAGGGUGUACCAGUGUUUGCAGCAUGUCUAACCGAGAAGGGUGGAACAGAACUGAAGAAACAUACGUCAUCAAGACUACGUGUUUUACAACUUGACGUCACGGAUCAGAUCAGCAUCCGUAAUGCUGUGGAAUUUGUCAAACGUCAUUUGCCAGAAUCUUCAGGUUUAUGGGGGCUAGUCAAUAAUGCUGGUCUACAGGUUUUGCACGCACCUUUGGAGUUUCAUUCACCUGAAGCUGUAGAAAAAUGUUUAUCGGUAAACCUGUUUGGAUCCAUAAACAUGACAAGAUCAUUUUUGCCUCUCGUGAGAAAAGAGAAAGGUAGACUUGUAUAUGUCACUAGCGAGUGUGUUUUCCGGGAACAGGCCUGUCGGGUUCCUUACGUCAUCAGUAAAGUUGGAGUUGAAAGUAUGGCAGAAUGCCUAAGAAGGGAACUGUAUGACGUUGGUGUGACGAUUCAUACUAUCCAGCCAGGGGCAUUCAAAACAAGCAUAAUCGUAGAUAUAAACGAGAUGAAAGCUACACUACAGAGAGCAUACGAAGCUGCUGACGAAGAAGUUCAGGAGUUCUAUGGAAAGCAAUGGUUAAAUAAAACAAAGGAAUCGAUGGAUGGUAUUCCAAAUGUUCAGUGUAAGGAUCUGUCCCUGGUGACCACCGCCAUUUACCACGCGCUGUUUUCUGUGAUGCCAAAGAAACGUUAUAGAUGUGGACCUGACUGUAUCUAUCAUUUUUACCCCGUCUCUCUGUUACCUCAAUGGUUCAACACGUGGUACUGGUCAAUGACGCCACCGCCGGACGCCAUCACUAAAGGACUGAAAAAUUAAUAUAUUUAUUCCUGACAUUAUUCUUGUCUUUUAUUUUUUUGGUUGAAAAAAAAGUGAUUAAAUCAGACGCUCAUUAAGCCAAAUUAUUUAAGUAGUCGUCUUCAACAACAUUUUCCAAUAUAAUGUAAAGUUAUUUACUUGUUACAUA